CUUGGUACAACAUUCAAGAGAGAAAUAAGGUGGAAUGUACAGACACAUGGAGAAGCCAACUGAACGACCAUUACACUAAUGAUUUUUGAAAUAUGAUAAGAAAAUCCUUGCCAAUACAUUCGUUCAAAUAUGCCACCAGCAGACUAACUCCAACCGAUUCAUCUUCUUUCUCACGAGAACCCCACAUUCGAAUCCCACCAUGAAACUUUUUACCUAAUUGAAUGCUCUCCAAGAUGGCUCCAUCUCAUAGUAAUAUAAGGAAUGGAUUUUUAGCGCACAGAAAUUCAAAAUCUGGCAGGAACAACACUAAUUACCACUACAACAUCAAGAGAAAUCAUAAUAGCAAUUCCUUGGUCAUGUUCAAUGCUUCACAUUGUUUGUCUGACCACCCAGUAGAGGUGGUGGGAAGAAUAAGGGACAUCCCAAACCAAAAAGAGCGCCCUGCAUUUGAAUUGGUGGAAGGACCCAAUUCACAGGAGACCAGUAUGAGGGUCAAGACUGAAACAGGUUACAAAGAUUUCAGUCUGGAUGGUAUUUCUAUGGCAGAGAAAGAAAGCUUAACAAGCUUCUAUAAAGCUUAUAUUGAAGACAGGGUUUAUAGUAUAAGAACUGGCGGGAAAUGCACCAUUAUCAUGUAUGGACCUACUGGCACUGGUAAGAGCCAUACCAUGUUUGGAAGUGGCAAGGAGCCUGGGAUUGUGUACAGAGCUUUGCACUGCAUAAUGGAUGGUGAAGGCAUUGAAGAUAGCCUCAUUAAGCAGAGAUUGAGGGUCAAGGUCUCUAUUUUGGAGAUAUAUAAUGAGGAGGUUUUUGACCUGAUUUCCCCUGGUGCUGCCAAUAUUGGCUGGUUCAAGAAUGGUGGAUGCCGGGCGAAACUGGAAGUAAUAGGAAAGAAAGUGAAGAAUGCGACUUCCAUCUAUGGCAGUGAAGCUAGGAAGAUUACAAAGGAGGUCUCAAAAGUUGAGAAAAAGAGAAUUGUUAAGAGCACUCUCAUUAAUGAAAGAAGUUCCCGUAGCCAUUGUCUGAUAAUAAUAGAUGUGCCUGAAGUGGGAGGAAGACUUGUGCUUGUGGAUAUGGCUGGAUCAGAAAACGUAGAUCAGGCUGGCUCUGUGGGAUCCGAGGCAAAAAUGCAGACAGGUAAAAUUAAUCAAGGAAACACUGCACUGAAGAGAGUUGUUGAAUCCAUAGCAAAUGGAGACUCGCAUGUGCCAUAUAGAGACAGCAAACUCACAAUGCUCCUUCAGGAUUCCUUUGAGGAUGAUGGUGCCAAACUUUUGAUGGUGCUCUGUGCGAGUUCAGAUCCUCAGGACUUACACAAGACCAUUGGGACACUAGAAUAUGGAGCCAAGGCAAAGUGCAUUGUUAGACUACCCAAUUCACCUCCACAAAAGGAUAAAACCAAGACCAUGGGAUUGGACUCUGUAAUGCUCCAGACUAGAAUCUUGGCCAUGGAUGAGCAUAUUUUGAAGCUUCAAGUAGAAAAUAAGUUGAAAGAGCAGGAAAGGCAAACAGUGCAAAGGAAGUUGGAACAGAAGGAGGAAGAAGUUGCUCAAUUGAGGAUGAAGAUUGAAGAAUUGGAAAGAAUGAAGGAGGCGGCAGAGGCUCAAAUGCAACUCAAGAGUGAAGAAAACAUUAGGUUAUUAAGAGCUGAAUUCAAACAGAAGUUUGAAGAGUAUGAAUGCAAGGCAAAUAAAUCUAUGGAGCUUGGGCACAUGAGGAUGGAAAAAUGUCUUCUACAACACCAACAGGAGGUUGGAAGGCUAUGCAGAAGACUGGACGAAAUUGAAUGUGAAGUUCAAAAUCUCAGAAGCAAUCCCCUGACAGAUUCUCAGGAGGACGGAACAGAGAAUGCUAGUAAAGAAAUCAAGAUAAUCCCUGAAACAUGCUUGGUCAGGGCCAAGGAAGAGGAUGCAACAAUGUCAAUGGUAUCAGAGGAUGUGAAAUCUUAUGGCAUGCCCUUGGGAUCUGAAAUCCAAUCACAUAACACAAUGAAUUAUAAUAUCUGUGCAGAUAAAUGCCAGUUGAAUGAACUACAUGGAUUGAUCUCAAACAAUGAAAAUGCCUCGUCUGAAUUGCUCACAAGCCGGAACUCGGAUGGAAAUAAUUGUAAAGAUGAUGAAGAUGAAGAGGAAAUUCUAAAAUGCGCAAGACUGAUAAGAAAGGGGUGGUUACCAACCGUGUAUGAAGAAGAGGAAAAUGCUGAUGAAGAAGACAAAGGUAUCUCAGAUGAAAGAAUAACUCCAAAAGAAAGCAAAAGAAUUCAUGCACUUGUUGGCAAUGGUUAUGGGGAAUGUCAUUUUCAUGAGAAACUACAAAAAUUAGAGAGCUUGGAAAGGUAUGUGACAGAUGAAAGAAGAGCACGCAUUGAAAACAUAUUUUUGCUCUGCGGGAAUUACAGGGAAAUUGCAAGAAAAAAAGCUUCCAAGAAAAAAAAUGAGGCUCAUCAGACAUCUGAGCCUGUGCCUGAUGAAACCGAAAAGGCGGUUGGAGUUCAAUCUUUCACGACAUCUCCAAGAUCAGUACACAAUAGCAGCCCCCUCCUUUCUCAGAAAUCAAUCAGAAGCAUUGGUCUAGAUCGUUCAACAGCGGUUUCUCCAUCUGCAAGGCUAACACCAGCACAACUAGUAACCCUUUCGCCAUCCACAAGCCCCACAGAUUUAAUAUGUCCAAAGAGAUUAGUAUAUGAAGAUGAAUCUUCAGGAAGCAGUGAAUCUGCAUCAGAAGACCAGCUAAAAGAGAUGAUCAAGACUGAUACCUCCUAUGGAAUUACCUCCUGUUCAGCAUUGACAAAGAUAAAAUCAAUAAUCUCUGGUUCUUACCAAGACAAAUCAUGGAUUGCUCCUAAUAAUUGUACAGAUGAUGAAGAUAAAAUUCAAAGCCAGCAUCACAGAACUUGUGAUGUAUAUGUAAAAUGGGAGGUUUCCUCCCAUGAAAUCUCAGGGUCGCUGAUAGGGAUUAUGAAAAUUUCAAAGGAUGCAUUUCUCAAGGAUUUGAGAAAGAUGAUUGAGCUCGAUGUCAAGCGAGAUUUCAUCUUUCUCACUCUCCAGGACCCAAGUGGUGCUCCUGUUGCGAAGGAGAGUGAAUCAAGAUUGCCAGUAACCAUUCUCCCUGUAUUUCCCAAUAAAGCAAGUGGCCGUCUUGCAUCCCUGCGUUUGUCCACUCAACAAAGAACGCCCAUAUUAGAUUCAUGCUGCUCAGGAUCAACGUCAUUAGGCUUGCCUGCAAGUCCAACUCCUGCAAGUGACCUGGUCCAAUGUUCUAGCUGCAGUCCAUGGUUAUCUGCAACCUUAAAUAACAUGUCCAGAAGCAGCCCAUCAACAACUUCUGCCAAAUCAAUUCAAAAAGGUGAUUCUCCAGCCCAUGAUGAAAAAAUGCAAAUAGUAAGGACAGUGCACAUAAGAUAUUUCUCGCAGUGAUCCUGUUCAGUUCUCUGUAGCCAAUAACAGGUUGAGACAUGCAUGCAAAUAGUAAGGACAGUGCACAUAAGAUAUUUCUCACAGUGAUUCUGUUCAGUUCUUUGUAGCCAAUAACAGGCUGAGAUUUUUCUCGUGUGUUUAAGCCAUUAUACAUAUUUUGGCAUGUUCAGUAUCCUGGUUGUAGAUUCUGGAUUGGCACCGGUAUAGUUGGGUGAAGCACUCUUUUUAUUGAUGUCCAUGAGGAUGCAGGAGUUCAGGACAACUGCAAGGAGUAAAGUCUUUAUUUGUAUUGGUAAUUCAGAUUAUGGAUUGCCCAAAAGAGUUUUCCAAAAUCACAAUGGGAAUUUAUAUUGAAAUGAUAUCUUUAAAAUGAAGGAAUAAAAUUCUUUCCAAGGA